GGUGGGUGACUUACAAAACCUCUGCUAAUCUAAAGCCUGUGUCAGAGCAGGUAAAGAAAGCAAAGGUGCACGAUGAACUGCCACAUGUUUUUGAUACUGCUCCUGAUUUGGACCGUGGAGUGUUCAACGGGAAACAGAUUCAUCAUCUCAGCUCCGAAUGUGUUUCAUGUGGGUGUUAAUGAGAGAGUGUUUGUCCAGAUGGGAGGACGUCACCUUAACAAACCUGUUACUCUGUACCUGGAACAUGAGACUUUGAAUACUGCUUUGUCUGAGAAGAAAACUGUUAUGUGUACUGAAGAAGAGAAGAACAAAAUAGUUAAGCUCAAGUUAAACAUGGAAAUGUUGUCCAGAUUGCCUCAAAUCCCUUCUUACGUUAUGCUAGUGGCAGAGAGCCAGUCUUUCGCAAUUGCCUUAAACAGGAAGAGUACAAGGGUUCUGGUUUCACAGCACAGAGGCUACAUCUUCAUUCAGACAGAUCAGCCAAUUUACAACCCAACACAGAGAGUGAAGUACAGGAUCUUCGCUCUUGACCAUACAAUGAGGCCUUGUGAAGAACCCAUCCAGAUAUCAGUAAUUAAUGCUGCUGGAAACAGAAUACUGAAAAUCAUGAAGAUUGCAAGGGGAGGAAUCCUUCAAGAUUCAUUCCCCAUCCCUGAUGUCUCUGAAAUGGGAACGUGGAACAUUACAGCUCACUAUAAUGGCGAUGAAGCAAAUGCUGCCUUCAGAGAGUUCAAUGUCCAGAAAUUUGUUUUACCAAGCUUUGACGUGAACAUCGCAAUGGGUCAAAGAUAUAUUUUGUUGAAUGAUGAAGAGCUUCAGUUCACCAUCUCAGCAAUGUACACAUAUGGUGAAAAGGUUAAAGGGGCUUAUCACUGCCAGUUUGGAGUUGUAAAAAAAGAUGGCUCUGGUGGCCAGGAAAUGACCUUUAUUAAGAGACUAGAGCUGACUGGUUCGGUUCAGGAUGGAAAUGCAAACACUUCUCUUCAGUUAAAUGAGAUCAAAUUGAGACUUCAGAGCCAGCUGAACAAAACCCUCUCUGACAUGCAGAAACAUGGAGAACGACUCUUUCUGAGAGUGUUUGUCACCAACAUACAAAGUGGUGAAAUACAAGAGGCAGAAGUUUACCUGCAAAUUUUCUCCCACAAAUACAUGAUAGACCUCUCUCGAACUCGAUCUCAUUUUAUUCCUGGAUAUCCACUGGAUGUGGUGGUGCUCGUGCGUCUCCCUGAUGGCUCUCCAGCAGCUGGUGUGUCAGUAAAUAUUAAUAUACCAGCAUCUUCACUGUCUUGGAAAGGCACCACUGAUCAAGAGGGGGCGCUGUUUAAUACCUUCAAUAUUGUUGCUGAUGCUGACAUUACAGUUGAAGUUUCUUCAAAUGACGUGCAAGAGAGAAAAAUAAUACGGCGUGCUUCCUCUCGACAUGGCAGCUACCUUUACAUGACUUUUACCAGCAGGAUUUACUCUGUGAAUGAAUUAUUUACCAUAACAUUCAACACCAUCAAGAGCCCAACCAGUGGAUCUCUACACUACAUGGUCUUAAGCCGGGGAAGUCUAAUAAAAGAGGGCUCACUCCAACUUGGUAUAACUGUUAAACACAACCUGCUGAUAACACCUGAUAUGGUUCCAUCUUUUCGUGUGAUUGGCUACUAUCACAAUGCUAACGAUCAACUCAUAGCUGACUCAGUGUGGGUAGAUGUCAGGGACGAAUGUGAGCUAAAUGUCAAGGUACAACUCAGAGAUACACUUGAACCUAACAAACAGUUAGACAUAGAAUUUGAUCUGCAAAGUCAUAGAGCAAAAGUGGCUUUGCUGGCUGUGGAUAAGGCCUUCUACGCUCUCAAUGCUGAUAAUAAACUCACAGCCAAACAGGUGUUUUCCACUAUGAACUCAUAUGAUCUUGGCUGUUCCUAUGGUGGAGGAUCUGACUCAGCAUCAGUUUUAUUAGAUGCUGGCUUGGCUGCUGUAUCUAAUGACCUGACUGUGCAGAGAAAGGAGCUUGGCUGUAAUUCAUCAACUGUGCGACAAAGACGCUCAGUGGACCUUGAACAGGAAAUGAUGACUUUAAAAAUGAACUACACAGAGAAAAACCUGCAAGACUGCUGUGUUCACGGAUUUUCUCGCAUCACGAUGGAACGAACUUGCCAGGAAAGAGCAGAUCGGGUCCUUCUGGUGAAAAAAGAUCAAACUUGUGCUGAUGUCUUUUUAAAAUGCUGCCUUGAAGUUGAACAUCUAAGACAAGAAAAGAUACGGGAAGAACUCCAGAAAGGAUUUGGAAGGAGUGUAAUCGCUGCUAGAAUGGAAGCUGUCUUCCUGAACACUCCUAAGCAUAUCCGAAGAUAUUUUCCCCCAAGCUUUGCAUUUGUGAAUUUUGAGGUCACUGGCAAGAAAACCCAUUCGUUGUACCUUCCUGAUUCCAUCACCACAUGGGAGCUUCAGGUUGUCACUUUAUCUCCAUCUGCUGGUUUCUGUGUUGUUAAGCCAUUGGAGGUCAGAGCUUUUAAGAAGGCCUUUGUGUCUCUGAGACUGCCUUACUCUGUGAAAAAAUAUGAGCAACUUUCUGUUUCACCUGUGAUCUACAACUACAUUGAAACUACACUACAGGUGGGAGUGCGAAUGGACCAAACUGAAGGACUUUGCUCUCCUGGUUCAGCUACCACUGGAUCAUAUGUUAACAUUACUCUUCAGCCACAGUCUUCUCAGUUUGUCUCCUUCUCUGCUGUCCCCAUGAAAACUGGUUCAAUACCCAUCAAAAUUCAGCUCUAUGAUAUGGUGAAUGACCAGGGAAUAGAUGCAAUAGAAAAAAAUUUGAAUGUGCAGACAGAAGGAUUUGAAAAGAGAGAAGAAGAAACCAGAGUCCUUAAAUUAGAUGGGAGGAGCACAAAGACCAUCACUAUUGAUGGAUCCUUACCGGAUGACACCAUCCCUGACUCCAGAUCCAAUAUAUUUGUUUCAGUUGAAGGGAAUGGAUUUGGACAUUCCUUUGCAAGAAAACUUCUUUCUCCUGAAAAGGUUGCUCAGAUGAUUAGAUUGCCAACUGGAUGUGUAGAGCAGACAAUGUCAAAACUGGCUCCAACUGCUUUAGCUCUCCGCUACCUUGACUUGAGUAACCAGUGGUUUGACCUGCCGUCUAGUAGCAGAGAUGAUGCUCUCAACAAAAUUGAGCAUGGUUAUAGGAGGAUUAUAACACAUCCUGACAAAAAAAGUGAUGGAUCUUAUGGCAUAUUCUCUAAAGGGCCACCUAGUUACUGGAUGACUGCCUAUAUAGUGAAAAUAUGUUCACUGGUGGCACAGCAUCAGACAGCAGCUGUUGGACAGCAGGACCGGAUUAAUAAGGUUGUAUCACAAGAAGAGAUCAUGAAACCAGUCACUUACCUGCUCAGAGUACAGAAGACUCAUGAUGGGUCAUUCAGUGACCCAAAUCCUGUGAUACACGUGGGACUCCUGAAAGGCAAAGACCAAGAUGCAUCCAUGACUGCUUUCAUAACUAUUGCAUUGUACCGGUCCCUUAAAUUCCUCCAGCCUGUAUUGCAAAAUGAUGUGGAAGCAAGCAUUUUGAGAUCAACAUCAUAUCUCCUGUCACACAUAGAGGAGCUUCAGCAUCCCUAUGCUGUUGCCAUUACAGCCUAUUGCCUCUCAGUGUCCCAGCCAAAUACAACAGAUCAUUCACAAACAUGGGCAAAACUUGAAGCAAUGGCCAUUAAAGGGAACGAUGACUGUUAUUUUUGGCCAGUUGAUGCCAGCCAAGCGGUUGAUGCUAUCACAGUAGAGACGACAGCCUAUGCUCUCCUCACUGCAGUGGAACUUGGGCAUAUGAAGUGGGCAGAUAAAAUAGCCUGCUGGUUAAACUCCCAGGAAAACUAUAAUGGAGGCUACAAGUCAACACAGGAUACUGUUGUAGCCCUGGAAGCCCUCUCGGAGUAUGAGCUAAAAAGGCCUGCGAGUCCUGAAACAGAGAUGAAUGCAGAGUUCACAUCCCCAGGAAGGAAUGAAAGGGUAACACUUCAACUGGAAAAUAAAAAGGAAAGAGUGGAAACUGACCUGAAGAAAUUGACAGGGAACAGUGUCAAUGUGCAGCUGUCUGGAAAAGGAGAAAUCAAAUUUAAAAUUGUUAAGGCUUACCAUUUACUGGAACCCAAGGAUGAUUGUGACCAGCUGUCUAUCAGUGUCAGAGUGGAGGGGAAAGUGAAGUACACUGCUAAGAUAAUAGAAAAUUAUGAAUACUAUGACUACGACACCGAUGAGGACAAACAGGAUCAAGAAGAGGUGCCACGAUCAGCUAUUGGUGGGUCUGACGCUCACACCAGAAACAGGAGAGAUCUUGAUAACAACCCAAGUUCAAAUGAGGCUGUUACCUACACUGUCUGUGUCAGGCAGAAUCGCAAUCUUACAGGAAUGGCCAUUGCUGACAUCACAUUACUGAGUGGGUUUAAGGUUGAAACUAAAACUCUGGACUCGCUAAAAGAGUCACCUGAACAGUAUAUUGCCCAUUAUGAAGAGUCUUUUGGAAGAGUGCUGAUCUACUUCAGUAAGCUUUUUGAACCUGAGGAAUGUAUUAGUUUUGAAGCUACACAACAGGUACCAGUUGGUCUUCUACAGCCUGCUCCAGCUUCAUUCUAUGAUUAUUAUGAACCAAACAGAAAGUGUACUGUGUUCUAUUCUGCACCGCAAAGAAGCAAGAUGGUCUCAAAAUUGUGUUCUGAGGAUGUGUGCCAAUGUGCAGAAAGACCCUGUCAUUCACUGCAAGAUACAUUCAGUCAAAAAGUAAAAAUUAGGAAGAUUAACCGUGUACUACAUGCUUGCUUCUUCCCUGUCGUAGAUUAUGCAUACAUUGUUGAGGUCUCCAGUGUUUCUGUUAAGAGUAACUUUGAGCUGUACAAAACGAACAUAACUGACGUUCUCAAAUCACAUAACGAUGACUCAGUGAGGGAGAAUCCUGUCCGAGUGUUUGCUAAGAGGGUUCACUGCAAAGGAAAGUUGGACGUGGGGAAACACUACCUCAUCAUGGGCAAAGAUGGCACCACAAAAGAUUCAAAUGGAAUGAUGCAGUAUCUGCUGGAAUCAAACACCUGGGUUGAAAAAAAGCCUUCAGAAGAAUGCAGAAAAACCACCAACAAGCCUCCUUGUAGGGAGUUUAAUCAGUUUGUAGAUGAGUACAAGGUGGACGGCUGCACAGUGUAAAACAGACUAUUUGCAUUUCCACUUUAGUGGAAUGAUUUCCCAUCAGAUGCAGUUAGCAUUGGAGUUUAAAGCUGUUGCUUUGCUUUUACUAUUUGUCUUAUUUUUCUAUCACAUCACAGUACACAACUAUACAUUUAUGCUAUCAAUAGGGCCAAAAAUGUAUGUUUGAACUUCAUUAUUUGUUUUAUAAUAGUGUGUUCCAGUGUGGUUUGAUUCAACUUUCCUGUGAAAUAUAUUUUUUAUGUUUUUUUUUUUUUUCCACGUUUACUGCAGCAAAGCAUAUGAGAAGGGUCUCUCUACUCAAAGAGAGUUACCCCCUCCCUGUAUAACAUCUGCUGGCAGCUUUUUAAAUAUAAUCAAUCAAUUCACCAGUGAAUACACACAUAAGGAACAUGUGCAGCAUGUGUUAAAUAAGCGACUUUAGUAACUAUCAGAGAUUAAACAUACUGUCUGACUUGCAAAAGAAAAUAAAUUUCUUUAAAUAUGAAGAACAAUUGAUUUUAUUAAUAGCAAAGUAUUUUUAAACCAUUUGAUUAGUUUCAGAGGUACUCAGAUGGGGAGAAAAAACAACACUAAAAAGAAACCUGAUUUCUUGUAAAUCACAUGAUUUGAAAGAACUCUGGCUCAAACUGACCAAUGAGGAGAUGGUUACACAUUGUGAAACUGAAAUAAACACUUUUCAGGCUACCAGCCAAGCAGAGAUAAAAAAUGGACUUUUAGAUAUUCAAACAUUUAUGGUCAGAAUUGUUGGUCCGUUGUGAUCUAAUGCGCAACAUUAAAAUGUGUAUUUUAGGUAAAUCUGUAUAGAUUUACUAUAUUUUUAUCAAUGCUUUAAAGUGUACACACUCUAGAAAUUACACAUAUGCUGUAUGUUACACAUCUGCACACAUCAGGUCACAUGCAGUAUCUAGCAGUA